UCGAUACCUUCCAGCCAGAACACAAGCAGAAAUACAGACGCGGCAAAAUGUCUAUGUUUAAGGCUCUUUCUCUACUACUGACCCUACUUCCGUGUUCAUGGAACGCUCGUUUAGCGGCACGCACUGCGUCAUACUGACACUGUCCACGCACGAGGAGCAGGGAUGUGUGAAGCAGCAGAGAAGGACCUGUACGCUGUCCUGGGAGCCAGCUCCUCAGACUCGGUCCAGCAGCUCAAACGCAGAUACCAGCAGCUGGCCUUACAGUACCACCCAGAUCGUCUUGGAGGUGAGGGUUCUUCAGAAGCGGAGUAUGGUGUGGAGAAGUUUCUCGAAGUUGAUGCUGCGUGGAGGAUCCUCAGUGACCAGAACACCAGGACACAGUACGACCUGCAGCGGAGAGCGCGGGAACUGAAACAGGAUUGGCCAGUGGAUUCUACGGUCUAUCUGAGGGACAUGACCUGGGACCAGGAUGAGUGUGUGUAUACAUAUAGCUGUCGCUGUGGAGGAGGAUUCAGCGUCUCAGAGGAGGAGGUGGAGGAGGAGACACAGAGGAGGCAGCAGGAUGAUGAAGAGGAAGAAGAGCACAGAGGAGUUGUUGUUUGCUGUGAUACCUGUUCCCUCAGUGUGUACGUCACAUGGUCAUUACACACAACCAGUCAAAUGUUAAAAUGCCAGUAAUAAUUAUUUGGAAACCUUUAACUGUAGCUCUUUAAUAGAGACAGGUGUCUGAGACUCAAAAUGUGAGCACAAGAAUCUUGAACUGGAUUCUGAAUUUGAUGAGAGGCCAGAGUAAAGAAGUCAGUGUUCCAUGAGAUCUUUUGGAGGAACUGGUCAGAAGCUUGGCAGCUGUAUAUUGGACCACAGCUCAGGGACGUGUUGCUGAGGCAGGUGAAGAGGGGAUUGCAUUAGCAGGUGGAAAUAAACAUGAAUAAUCAACUCCAUCUCAGCUAGGGACACAAUGGGCCUGAGUUUAGCAGUGUUCCUCAGCUGCUAGAAACAGGAGCCAACCAAAUGAUGUACAUGCUGGUCAAGACUCGAAGGCUGCUCUACAGAACGUUCUCUCAGCAUCUCCAUCACUUCUGUCCUAGCACAGCACCAAUAAAAGGGCUGACGGAGAGCAGACUGUGUGUAUGGAGCAGUUUGUAUGUUGAAUGUGAAGGUGAAUGUUGCUUAGCAGUGGCUUAUCAGCAGUGGUAGAUGUGAACACCAUGCCUCUUACCGGAGACCUGCUCUUUAGCUAUGGGCUGAUUAAUCCAAUGAUCCAGUUCAUUCUCAUCCAUCUGAUCAUCCAUGUAUGAUGAAAUCGGUGUUUCUCAAAUGAGGCUACAUGUACCCCAACGGCAGCGGUUCCCAACUAAUGGACCCCCACUAGGGUUUGCCAAAGCUUCGGGGGGGUUGCAAGGCCUUGUUGAUUUUAAGGGUUGUAAGAGAACUCUAAUAAUAUAGACAGACUUUUUUUUUUUUGGGGGGGCUUUUAUUGCCUUUAUGAUAGUGAAAGCUGAAGAUAGACAGGAAAGGGGGGCAGAGAGAGGGAAUGACACGCAGGAAAGGGCCGCAGGUUGGAUUCGAACCCUGGGCCGCUGCAGCAAGGACUCUUGAGCUAACUGGGCACCCAUAGACAGUAGCCUUAUAUCUCACAGGAUAAGGUCAUUAAACAAUGUCCAAGCAUCAGGGAGAAGAAAACCCUGGUUUUAUCAAGAAAGAACCUUAUUAAGUGUAUGAUUGUUAAAAAACAACAUAAAAAAACCCUACAUGAUACAGACAGAGAACUGUAUUAGAAGUUCCUCUGAUCACUAUUUGAGGAAAAAAAAAACUUCUCUGGUGUUACACAAAUGUCCUGCAGUUAUUGUGUUCACUGUUUGGGUUCAUUGUACACUUUAUCAGGUAUUCUACUGUUGUUGUUAUGUAUUUAAUAAAAAAUGAAACAUCCAUAAAA